AGGGCGGCAUCCGAGGAGAAGGUCACGGCCGCCGGCAAGGCUAUGGAGAUGCAAAGUGAUGCUCCAAAUGCCUGGCAGGCGGUGCAACCCGUUGAGUUGGAAGAGGUUCUCGUCGACGAAGACCCGCAGCAGGCAGUGCAGCCGGUUGAGUUCGAAGAGGUUCUCGUCGACGAUGACCCGCAGCAGGUGCCUCCCACAUCUAGGGACGAACUCUCGCGUCAGUUCUUGCCCCCCGUGGCAACAGAGGCUACAACACACGAAGAGGCGCCUCUUCCGCUACAGAUGCUCACCGUUGACCUAGUGCUGCGAUGGCAACGUGAAUGUGCUGAGAACGACCAAGAUUUCUACUUUGCGAGCGGCUCACACUACCUCCUGGAACAGGUGAUGUGACGAGCACUUUCUGGGCGACGCUCGCAGCUUUGCCGCAGGAGUUGACCCCCAUGCUGCAGCAUUUGGAGAAGGCCACCACGUGAGGAAGACAGCGCCAAGGAUCUGCGCUUGAAGGAGAAUACUGCACACGCAGGCCCAGACGCAAACCGCUUUGGAGGCGGAGUUGACUGAGUCAUCCAUCGAGCUGUUGCGCUCGGUGGCGCCAGUACUGGUCGAGUUUCACCGCGUUGAUGAUGGCAACCUGCUGGCAUGAAAAAGCCCACGCGG